GAGAGCCUGUCCUCCAUGUUUUAUAAGUAUUGACAUAACACUGUGUUAACAAUGCAUCCACAGAGUUUGCCAGCACUAUUGUCUGUUGUGUCACAUGCCUGCUGAAGAGAAAAUGGAAGCUAGGGAGCAGAUGCAUUUAACUGCCCUACAGGGAGUCAAGCAGGGAUAAUGGCAGACAGAAGAACAGCUUGGCUGAAGAGGAAAUAAAGGCAGAGCAGGAGGUGGUGGAGGGGAUGGAUAUCUCCACUCGAUCCAAAGAUCCUGGCUCUGCUGAACGCACAGCACAAAAAAGGAAAUUUCCCAGCCCUCCACAUUCCUCUAAUGGCCACUCACCACAAGAUGCAUCAACAAGUCCUAUAAAAAAGAAAAAGAAACCUGGUCUAUUAAACAGUAAUAAUAAAGAGCAGUCAGAACUAAGACAUGGUCCGUUUUACUAUAUGAAGCAGCCACUCACCACAGACCCUGUUGAUGUUGUACCACAGGAUGGACGGAAUGAUUUCUAUUGCUGGGUUUGUCAUCGGGAAGGCCAAGUCCUCUGCUGUGAACUCUGUCCUCGGGUUUAUCAUGCUAAGUGUCUGAAACUGACAGCGGAACCAGAGGGGGAUUGGUUUUGCCCAGAGUGUGAGAAAAUCACAGUUGCAGAAUGCAUAGAAACACAGAGUAAAGCUAUGACAAUGCUCACCAUUGAACAGCUAUCGUAUUUACUGAAGUUUGCACUACAGAAAAUGAAACAGCCAGGGACAGAGCCAUUUCAAAAGCCAGUUUCACUGGAUCAACAUCCAGAUUAUGCAGAAUAUAUCUUUCAUCCAAUGGACCUUUGUACAUUAGAGAAGAAUGUUAAAAAGAAAAUGUACGGUUGCACUGAAGCAUUUUUGGCUGAUGCCAAAUGGAUUUUGCACAACUGCAUUAUUUACAAUGGGGGAAAUCACAAAUUGACACAAACAGCAAAAGUCAUCAUCAAAAUCUGUGAGCAUGAGAUGAAUGAAAUUGAAGUAUGUCCGGAAUGUUAUUUAGCUGCUUGCCAAAAACGAGAAAAUUGGUUUUGUGAGCCUUGUAGCAAUCCUCACCCUUUGGUCUGGGCUAAACUGAAAGGCUUUCCAUUCUGGCCUGCUAAAGCACUGAGGGAUAAAGAUGGGCAAGUUGAUGCUCGCUUCUUUGGCCAACAUGACAGGGCCUGGGUUCCAAUAAAUAAUUGCUACCUCAUGUCUAAAGAAAUUCCUUUUUCUGUGAAAAAGACUAAAAGCAUCUUCAAUAGUGCAAUGCAAGAAAUGGAAGUUUAUGUUGAUAACAUUCGUAGAAAAUUUGGAGUGUUUAAUUACGCACCUUUCCGGACACCAUAUACUCCCAACAAUCAAUACCAAAUGUUGCUAGACCCUGCAAACCCAACUGCUGGAACUGCAAAGACAGACAAACAAGAGAAAAUCAAACUGAACUUUGAUAUGACAGCAUCGCCGAAGAUUCUAAUGAGCAAGUCUAUGCUGAGCAGUAGUACUGGUCGUAGGAUUUCGUUGACAGAUAUGCCGCGGUCACCAAUGAGUACAAACUCAUCAGUUCACACGGGAUCUGAUGUUGAACAGGAUGCAGAGAAAAAGGCAACUUCCAGUCAUUUUAGUGCCAGUGAAGAAUCCAUGGACUUUAUGGAGAAAAAUACAGCUUCUCCAGCACCAACAAGACCAGGUCAAGCAGGGAGCUUGUCAGGCAGCCCCAAACCUUUCUCUCCUCAAGCAUCAACACCAAUUUCUGCUAAGCAAGAAAGAACUUCCACUCCAGGAAGCAUUCUGAAUCUUAAUCUUGAUCGUAGCAAAGCUGAGAUGGACCUGAAAGAGCUGAGUGAGUCAGUCCAACAGCAGACCACUCCUGUGCAACUCAUUUCACCAAAACGACAGAUACGUAGUAGAUUCCAGCUUAAUCUUGACAAGACGAUAGAGAGUUGUAAAGCACAACUUGGAAUAAAUGAAAUAUCUGAAGCUGUUUAUACUGCAGUAGAACACAGUGACUCUGAAGAAUCUGAAAAAUCUGACACCAGUGACAGUGAAUAUAGUGAUGAGGAUCAGAAAUCCAAGAAUGAUCAAGAAGAUGGAGAGGACAAGGAAGGUACAAGAAGUGACAAAGAAUCAUUGAGCUUGAAAAAAAAACCUAAGCCCCCAGCACAGAGUGAAGACAAGGAGGAACUUAAAAGCACAAGUCCAGAAGAGGAGAAAACAGAUGACCCAGUCAAGGAAAAGGCAAUCACAGACACUGAAAAAGAAUUUUCUGAAAAGGGGAAAAGUCUACAGCAUCCUGCAAAAGAAAAACUGAAAGGUAAAGAUGAAACAGACUCUCCAACGGUGCAUCUAGGACUGGACUCUGAUUCUGAAAGCGAACUCGUCAUCGAUCUAGGAGAUGAUCAUUGUGGCCGUGAAGGAAGGAAAAACAAGAAAGAAUCUAAAGAACCUCCUCCUAAACAAGAUGUUGUAGGUAAAACUCAACCUUCCUCCAGUGCAAGCACCCAGCCUUUACCAGAAACUCCAGUACUGACCCGCUCUGCAUCCCAGACCCCACCAGCUGGUGUGACAGCAACUACCAGCGCUGCUUCUACUGUUAGUGCUCCAUCUGCAGCCAGUGGAAGCCCUGUGAAAAAGCAGAGGCCUCUGCUGCCCAAGGAAACUGCCCCUGCUGUGCAGCGGGUAGUGUGGAAUUCUUCAAAUAAAUUUCAGACAUCUUCUCAGAAAUGGCACAUGCAGAAGGUGCAGAGACAGCAGCAACAGCAGCAGAGCCAGCAGUCUCAGUCACAGCAACCGCAGUCCUCUCAAGGGACAAGAUACCAGACAAGACAAGCAGUUAAAGCUGUGCAGCAAAAAGAGAUCACCCAGAGCACUUCCACAUCCACAAUAACCUUGGUUACAAGUACUCAACCUAUUUCUAUGGUUACCAGUUCUGGAUCUGCAAGUACACUUUCUUCUUCACUUAAUACAGACUUACCAAUUGCAACAGCUUCAGCUGAUGUGGCUGCAGACAUUGCUAAAUAUACUAGCAAAAUGAUGGAUGCCAUCAAAGGAACAAUGACUGAAAUAUAUAAUGAUCUUUCAAAAAAUACUACUGGAAGCACAAUAGCUGAGAUUCGACGUUUGAGGAUUGAGAUAGAAAAACUUCAGUGGUUACACCAACAGGAGCUCUCAGAAAUGAAGCAUAAUCUAGAACUGACAAUGGCUGAAAUGCGUCAGAGCCUAGAACAGGAGCGAGACCGUUUGAUUGCUGAGGUGAAGAAGCAGCUGGAAUUGGAAAAGCAACAAGCAGUGGAUGAAACAAAAAAGAAGCAGUGGUGUGCUAACUGCAAGAAAGAGGCCAUUUUUUAUUGCUGUUGGAAUACUAGCUACUGUGACUAUCCCUGCCAACAAGCUCACUGGCCUGAGCAUAUGAAAUCUUGCACACAGUCAGCUACUGCAACACAGCAAGAAACAGAUACUGAAAUUAGCACAGAAACAUUAAAUAAAUCAUCCCAGCCCAGUUCAAGUGCGCAGCCUACAGCCACAGAAACAGCCAGCACCCCUAAGGAAAAGGAAGGUUCAGCUGAUAAAAGCAAAGAGAGCGUUACAGACCCAUCAGUGUAGCUUCUGGUCUGGAUCUUUCGAUACAAGUUGCCUUCUGAUAAGCAAUACAGACUGCAGCACUUCCAAGCCCUUCUUGCCUGGGGGUUCAGAGGCCAAGCUCAAGACCUGCAUUCAAAUCAACUUACUUUAUCACAACAGACUGCCACUAGGGUACCACAAUGUUCCAUAACACUGAUGCAACAAUUCACCGGGAUCUACAGUUGACGGAGCAGUGUGCAGUUACGAAAUCCUCCAUAGCAUCUACUCUGAUAGUAUUCAGUAGGCAAGGAUGAGCAAAUGCUCUAAUAAAGGGACUUAACAUUGCAUAUAUUAAAAAAAAUGUUUAUAGAGAAGAUUCUGCUUUAUAGGUAGGGCUUGACUAUUAGCAAUUUCAGCAUUGUUUUUCUUCUGCCCUUGCAGGUUUUAUUAAAUGAGAAAUUUUAGGGGGGGUGUAAUCCUUCAAACCCUUGCACAUGAUCCCCCCACAUCAGUAGGAGCCUUGUUGUAUUUUAAAAUAUUAAAAGCAAACUAAUUUUGUAGUAUUGUGAUUCCAGCAUGAUGUCUCAUUGAGAUAGUCCUAUAGAAUUGGGAAGCAUAGUGUAAACUAGAGAGCUGUGUUCAUUUCUUGACACUUUUGCUACUGUCUGGUGUUAGAUCUCCGGGCUUGACAUGUCAUCUAUGGCAGUAACUUGGGAAACAGAUCUGAAGAGGGGAAAAAGGAUGUGCUGUUCCACCUGAAUGCUUGGGUGAAGUUAGUUAAGCUCUGGCUCAGGCAAUGUUCAUAUGCAUUGUUUGUGGCAGUACAGCCUUUGUCUUACUGGGGAAACAGGGGAUGGGAGAAAAUCAAUUACCUAAAACUUUUGCCAGGGAAUAUUUCAGUUAUACAAAUGUGGAAUUUCUUUCACAUAGACGUUCUACCUGAAACAUCAUGCUGUAUACAUUGAUCAUGUUCAUAAUCUGAGGUUUGGUUUAUUAACAAAGAAGUAACCUGUGAAUUCAUUAAGAUGCAAAUUUUUAACACAAAACAUCCAACAUAAAUUUCCUAUAAUGAGAAUAACAACUAGGUGGAAUUUAUGUAAAAGCUGAGACUUCUACUGAGGUUGCCUGUGCUGUCUCUGCAGAUAGCAACAGGUGUGACAAGCAACCAGCCUAUAAAACUGGUCCAGGUACCGCAGACCACCACCUAUAUUCCAACUACUCAACCCACAAUUGUAAGUACAAUAUCAUUAUUUAACGUCUGCAGUAGUACUGUUCCUGGCAUUAAAAUUGCACAGUAUUUCUGGGGGGUUGUCUUCAUCUGCUGUUCUAUAAAGAUAUGAAUUCACCGGUAUAGUCUCAACUUGCAGUGCAAAAUGCCUUAUUUUGCUGUGCAACAUUCCACCCUUUCAUUCCGUCAUGCAUUAAGACAAGGAAUCAGAAAUUGUCAAGUACAGCGAAGGCGCUGAGGGCAGUCAGGCUUCCAUUUUACAUUAUGAUGUUAGUUAUUUGUCCAUUUCAUGUAUAUAUGUGUCCACAACAUCAAUGUAAAUAUAUAGCAUUCAUUUGGAAUAUCUUUUAAAUAUCUUUUUGUCGAUGGGAUCCUAAAGAGAUUUAAUUAAUUCGCAGCUAUGCUUGGUGUUACUGUGACAUCUCAGUAACUGUGGAAGAAAAUAUGCAUCCAUCACUAGUGUAUCUCUCAUGCAGCCCUGCACAUGAGCAUUACGAAAUUCUGAGGAACAACAUUGGGAUCAGACUUGUUUUUUUUUCCAUCAAAGACUUAACCGAGGACACCUGAAUCCCUUAGUGUCAGUCACAGGAGAUGGGACGGAAGCGAGUUCGAUUUCUGUAUUUGACGCACCAUGAUUUCCCAUUCUCUCCACUGGUUGUGUUCUGCAGUGCUCACUUCAGAGUCAGUGUGGCAUCUGAGCCGACAUUCUUCUUACCAGAAGGAGAUAACGCUGGUGCGGCGCUGGUAGCUGAACGGUGUGCUCUGUCUCAGUGGUGGGUGCAACAGAAGAAGCCUGUGUGUGGGCAACUUCAGAUGUUUUCUGACUAAAGUUAGAUAAUUUAUUAUAGUAACUAUGUACUAAUUUAACAAUGUACUUUAAUCACACUGUGAUUAAGGCCUAAUUUGCAAUAGAAGUUACUGUCUUUCUCCUUGUGCACACCCCGCUCUCCCUGCCCCGCACGUGCGUGCGCACACCCCCAGCUGCAGGGUACACCGCUCGGUGUGUGUCUGUGAAUACACACACACGUACCUACAGUAUUGCAUAGCUGUUAUAUUCCACACAAAUGUUGCUGCUCUUAGUGGGGAUCACGACUUUUCACAUUCCUAGCAGCAUUUUAACUCAUUUUGUCUCAACUGAGAGCACUGUGCACCUUUGCAGCAUUGGCCCUAAGUUGCUUGGACUGAAUUAUCACAAGAGCAAGGUUUUAUAUGUGUUUUAAAAUCAAAUAGCAACCAUCAAAGACGUUAGGCUCUUCUGUGAAUAGCUGAGAGGCUGUAAGAUGAUAAGGUGGUUUUGUGUAACAUUCAGGACGGUAGUUACCUUGGUCGGUUUUCUGUAACACAAGGUGUAGUGAGUUCUGUAAAGCAGAAAUUGGAACAUCUGGAAGAUUUCAACCUUUAUUUGUGCAUGUUUAAAACUUUGUACACAUUUGCAUUACUCUUGCACAGCUACAGACACCUCUGUAUUCUAAUGACCGCACGUGCAAUGGAAAUAGCUCUAAACCUUAGUGCAUGUUGAAUACGUAUGCAAAAUGUACAUAUGUGUAAAACUGGCAGAGGUGGAAAAUUUACCUCUCAGGGAACGAUCCUAACACAGUGAAGGAGUCUCGCACAUUCCAUAUCCCGAUCGCUGUAAGAACUGAAACUUGAUUUCUUUCAUUUGUGUGCAUAUAUUUCAAAGGUGACUGUGGCCACCUGAAUUUCCCCACCUGUACUACUAACAGUGACUUACUUAAUGGCUUCUUUAGGGUUCAGUUUGCACUUUGUUUCCAACCAGGAAUUUCUUUCUCUGAAUAACUUCCAGCAUAUCUUCUGGGUGCCGUUUGAACACAUCUGAUAUCGUUACAAAAUGGCAGUAAUCUUGGAAUUUAUUUAGCAUAUUGGUACCAUGUUUGGUUUUUACUUUCUGCAGUUACAACAAUGUGAAAAUAUGAACUCAUUGUCUUUGCAUCCGAGAGACUGGAAUGAGUAGGCUUCUGGGAGGCACAGACCUUGUCCUAAAGGAGCCCAUAAACACCCUAGGCCGUAACCCAUCUCAGUGGGGACAUGCUCAAUCCUUGUUGAACACCAUUAAGACACUGAUGUGGUUUCUUGAAACAGUGUGGGGAAACUUUGGGCUUUGUUGAACUCGUAUUUCUUCUUCCAUGUUCUCUUUGGAGUGUCCCACUAGCAUCAAGGGGAAGAUCUGUGCAUCCCUUUCAGACUCCUCAAAGUCUCACCUCCCGUUUCUUCCGCAAAGCAUUGUGAACUGAAACGGAUGCAUUCGGGUGGGCGCUGGUCGUGCAUCACUGGAAUUGUAUCAAAGCAUACCGGCCGUUUGUGUGGGACAGACAUUUCUAGACUUUCUUACAUUUUUGGAGGAAGGUUAAGAUACAGACAUAAGAUCAAUAAAUACUUUUCCAGAUCUUCCAGAGUGAUGUGACCUUGACCAUAUUGUUCUUGUGCCUUUGUCUCUGCAUCUGUAGACUCAAUUACCACUUAUAGAGAUGUCCUGAAACUUCAUUUGUUGAGAUUUAUAAAUCACGAUCUGUAUAAUGGAAAUGAAAACUUUAUUCUAUAUCAGUAUUUUUACAGGGUGUAUAAGGCAGUUCCCAGUUUUUGUUAUUGAUUUGUGCAAAAGUUUAACUUAAGUACUUUUUUGUUCAGUUGGAUGCUCUUUAUUCUCUUCUGUGUAGUCUGAGUGCAUGGAGGAGUUCCUUUUGGGGACAAAGAUUUAAGUAACGUGUAACAAGAAUAUACUUAUAAACAAGGGUAUUUUUGUACUCAAGUUUGAUUUCUCAAAACUUUUUCAAAUGACAAAAGAUCUUCUUAGCCCUUUUUCCCUCUUCCCAUAUAUUAGUUUGGGGAAAAUACACAACUGGAUGUAACUCCAAGCACAGACAGUGUGUACAGUUAUCUGUAGGACCACCUGUCACUGUAGUAAUAGGAAUACAGAAAAACUCUUGGCUAUGGGAAAGUAAUACACUACUUUCUACCCUGGAAUGAGGUAAUAGUGCGGUAAUAAAGGUAUUAAUUAGUUCUUGCACAAAAUUGGAACUCGUUCUGGAUUUUCCCUGGAAAAUAGUUUGUGGUCAUGUUUAUGUGACCUUCAGCAUAACAAUAUGUUUCUCUUGGUUUUAAUCCACAGACCAUUCCUGUAGUGGUAAGUCCUUCUGCUGGGACAGUGACAAUGAGAACUGGAGUUGAGUAUGUUCAGACCACAAUGCCAGUCCAAGUACGAAGAGUCUAACUGCUAACAAGAGGCCCAUACAAUUGUUGGAAUAAAUAAAUCUAAUAGAAAUGUGAAAAAUAAACACAGUUCUUUGGAUUAACCUCAGAGGUUCAGACUUUAGCUUUGUAUAUGUGUACAAAGCAUUAAUACACUACAUUAAUGUAAAGCAUUAGCGCUGGCUUAGAAAAGCUGAGGACAGGCAAGAUCCGUGUUAAAUCUAUGCUUCUGUUGUAAAUAAUGUACAAUUUGUGGAUGUCAUUAAAGUUAGAGUACCAUCUCCUUUUUAUAUUUGUAUUGACUUUAACUUAUAAAGAGUGUUUGAAGUUGGAAAAGGACGGUUUAAAGUAACCUUAUCACAAGUUAACACUGAAACUGGUCUUGGGAAACUGCAGUUACCCAUCAAGUAAUGUAAUUGUGAGAGUCUGAGAACUUGGUUUGCGUUUGGGUUGAAACAAUGUCUGCACUUUGAAACUCCAUAGAAUUUCUUUGAGCAAUCCCAUGAUGAAGGGUAUCGUUUUUCAGUUAAUUGUGUUAGGCGAAUUGUGGCAUUUCCAAUCUGUGGACCUGAAACACGUCAGGAUUUCCGGCGUUGGGUUUUUUUACAGUGACCAGACUGUUAACGUUUAUAUUGUUUACAGGUUAAAAUUAAGUUAACAUUUUCUUCAGUCUAAUAUCAGAAAAGUUGAAAAUACCAGCUGGUUGUGGCACCAUUUCUGAUCGUUGAAAUCAAAGCUUGGGAAAAGUGAAGUUUGUUCCUGUGCUUCACAGUUCCGUUUUCUUUUUCUUUAAAAUCCUCCAAAAGGACUUGGAGCAAAGAACUAGGUGUGGAGAAAAAAACAUGGAUCGGGAAACAUGGGCAACGGACUUUUGAUGCUGGGCCUGAGCAUGUAUUAUUUAUAUGAUGGAGUUUAUGUUUUUAUGUACGCAUGAAACAGUACAGUAUGAGCGAAAGUAACCCCUGGAAAUGCUGUCUGUUACACUUAUACUGUAGUACCAUUUUGUAUGUUGUGUAAAACGAAAGCGUUGAACAAAGCAAAGGUGAUGUAUGUAUAUGAGAAAAUUAAUUGUAUGAUAUCAUUCCAGUACAUUCGGUUGUACAUUUUUAGUCAUGUUGAUUUCUCCCAUUGUUUAUAAAAGGAUGCGGUUUGUACAGUCUCCAGCUAGUACCCAUGGUAGAGGGCAAAAAGUAUUAGAAGAAAAACAAAACAAAGCGAGAACAGAAUAUUCGUGGAUUGCAGUUGUGUCAGAACUAGCCUAGCUGGCCUUAUUUGUGAAGCAUAAUUGCUUUUAGCAUAUGGAAGUAUUUUUUCACAUUUUCUUUGUAUAAAAUUUGUAUUAAACUUAAA